UUUGCAGAUAAAUUGGGUGGGGUCCAAGUUUAUUUCUCCUAUUCUCCAUCUCUCUUUAGAACCUUGAAAUUGGAACCAACAGCAUCUGAAGCUAUCUUGAAUAUGAUUUGAGUACAAAUUGGAUCUUGAUAUCAAGGCCAAACAAUGGAUCAUAAAGAGGGGAAACACACAUGUUUUACCAGUUUCAGCACUCAAAAUCAGAAGAAAUGGGAGGAUCCCUCCAUUUUGGAUUACAGCAGGAGGAUUGAAGCACCUUUGCAGUGUGACCCCAAUGCCCAAAUCAAACUCCCUGACCCUCUCAAUGAGUUGCUUCAAGCCAGCAAAGUCCAAGACUGGGAUCCAACUACAAUGCUAAACAAUCUCUCUUUCUUGGAGCAGAAGAUCCAUCAACUUCAGGGUCUGGUGCAUUCAAUCAUUGGAAGAAGGGGUCAAGUGUUGGGGCAAGUUCAACCAGGUGAAUUUGUAGCUCAGCAGCAACUGCUGGUCACUGCCGAUCUCACUUCGAUCAUCGUUCAGUUGAUAUCGACCGCCGGUAGUCUUUUACCUUAUGUUAAGCGUGCACAGAGUGCACACUCACUAUCUCUUGGACAUUUUCAGCCACAAAAUGGUGGUGGUGGUGGAAGCGGUGUCUCCGAGCUGCAAAACUCUGUUGAUUUUAGUACUAAUGUGGAACAUGAAUUGAAAGAUGAGGAAGAUGGUGAGGAAUUAGCGGAGAAUCUUUUUCCAGGGACAUAUGAGAUAUUGCAGUUAGAGAAGGAGGAGAUCCUGGCACCCCACACUCAUUUCUGCACCAUAUGUGGCAAAGGAUUCAAGCGAGAUGCAAAUUUACGGAUGCACAUGAGAGGGCACGGAGACGAGUAUAAAACGCCGGCAGCACUCGCGAAACCCAACAAAGAAUCCGGCUCUGAACCGGCCCUCAUCAAGAGAUAUUCGUGCCCUUUCGCAGGUUGCAAGAGGAACAAGGAUCACAAAAAGUUUCAGCCUCUUAAAACCAUCUUGUGUGUCAAGAACCAUUACAGGAGAACCCACUGUGACAAGAGCUUCACUUGCAGCAGAUGCAACACCAAGAAAUUCUCGGUCAUCGCCGAUCUCAAGACUCACGAGAAGCAUUGUGGUAAAGAUAAAUGGAUUUGCUCGUGCGGCACGACAUUUUCGAGGAAAGAUAAACUAUUUGGUCAUAUAGCUCUCUUCCAGGGACACACUCCAGCAAUCCCCUUGGAUGACACUAAAGAUUCCAAUGGGACAUGUGAUCCGGGCAAUAGUGGUGAAGCCAUGAAUAAGGUUGAAAGCAUGAAUAUGGUCAACUUUUCGUCAAGUGUGAAUGUUAAAGGGAGCAUCGACGAUUCUGCCGGUUGUUUCUCACCGUUGAACUUUGAGACAUGCAAUUUCAGUGGGUUUCACGAGUUCCCUCGACCACCAUUUGAUGAUUCAGAGAGUUCAUUGGCAUUUCUCCUUUCAGGGUCUUGUAGUUACACUCAAGAGACUGGAGAAUAAUAAUAACAAAUAACAAUAAUGUUGGGUGGUCUUGGCUAUUGUCUCUGGACUAGAUUUGUAUUGUAAGGCAGGC